AUGGAUACAUCAUUCCUACCAGAAUAUUUAGAAUUACUGGUGAAAAAUUGGCUUUCGUGGAAUCAAUCACAACAGUAUUCUGUUGAACUAACAGAAGUAUUCGCACAAAAAAAUGUGGAUAAAAUAAAAAACAUGUUUGAUGGUCGCCUGUCGUUUGGAACAGCGGGCCUGAGAGCAGCGAUGGGCCCUGGUUUCAAACGUAUGAAUGAUCUGGUGGUCGUACAAUCCGCUCAAGGGCUUUUGUAUUACAUGUUGAGCGUCUUUGGGGAUUCGUUAAAAACAUCUGGUAUUAUUAUUGGAUACGAUGGAAGAUAUAAUAGUAAAAGAUUUGCCGAAUUGACAUCACAAGUUUUCUUAAGACAUUCCAUCAAAGUAUAUCUUAUGAAUGAAGUUUGUCCAACUCCAUUUGUAGCUUUCGGUAUUAAGUUAUAUAAAUGUUGUGGUGGAGUAAUGGUGACUGCUUCACAUAACCCUAAAGAAGAUAACGGUUAUAAAGUAUUCUGGAAUAAUGGUGCUCAAAUCAUAUCUCCAGUUGAUAAAAACAUUCAAAAAAGUAUUACUGAACAUUUAGAGCCUGAAGGUGUUUGGAAUACUGAAGACAUUUAUAAUAAUAGUUUGUUAGUUAAUCCAUUAAUCGAUUUGCAGAAACAUUACAAUAGUUUUAUUGACAAAAUGUUGUUUCCUAAUUUGGAUAAAAAGAAAACAAAUAUAAUUUUUACAUACACACCUAUGCAUGGUGUAGGCUAUCCUUAUAUAAAAAAUGUAUUUGAAAAUGCAAAAUUCAACCCAGUGAUAGUUGUUGAGCAACAAAAAGAUCCAAACCCAGAAUUUCCAACUGUUCCAUUUCCAAACCCGGAAGAAGGCAAAAGUGCAUUGAAAUUGGCAAUAGAAACAGCUGAAAACAACUGUAGUCGUAUUAUAAUUGCCAACGAUCCUGAUGCCGAUAGAAUGGCCGUAGCAGAACAUCCUAUAGGUAGUGAGGGCUGGAAAAUAUUUACUGGAAAUGAACUUGGUGCUUUGUUAGGAUGGUGGGUGAUACAUUCGUAUAAAAAAAUACAUGGUAAAACACAUCCUAAAUUGGUUGUACUAUCAAGCACAGUAUCGUCUGCUAUACUUAAAUCUAUGGCUAAAAUUGAAGGAAUCAGAUUUGAAGAAACACUCACUGGAUUCAAGUGGAUGGGUAAUAGAGCCGAUCAGCUCUCUGCUGAAGGAUACAGCGUAAUUUAUGCCUUUGAAGAGUCUAUUGGUUACAUGUGCGGCAGUGAGGUCUUGGAUAAAGAUGGAAUAUCUGCUGCUGUUAAAAUUGCAGAACUAGCCAUAUAUUUAGAAAAAGAAAAUAGUACAUUGUCCUCAGCUUUAGAAUUUAUAUACAAACAAUAUGGUUGGCAUUUAUCUGUAAAUUCGUAUUUUAUAUGCACUGAUAGCCUGACGAUAAAGAAAAUAUUUGAAUCAAUAAGGCAGAUUAAUAACCAGCCCAACAAUUAUCCAAAAUCCAUUCUUGGAGGACGAUAUUCCAUCAAAUCAGUUCGAGACAUGACAACUGGAUAUGAUUCCAGUACAAUAGACCAUAAACCAGUAUUGGCCGUAUCAAAGUCAUCUCAAAUGAUAACAUUUAAUUUUGAUAAUGGUUUAAUUGCUACAUUACGAACAAGUGGAACAGAACCCAAAAUAAAAUAUUAUGCUGAAUUAUGUAGUGAUCCUGAAAACUCUUCUGAUGUUAAUAGAUUGAAAAGUGUUUUGAAUGAAAUGGUUGAAGCAAUAAUUGAAGAAUUUCUAAAACCACAUGAAAAUUCUCUAAUUUUUCGCAGCAACUAG